AUGAGGACGUUCGUUAACGCAAUGGAGGCUCAUGACGCUUCAGAUCUUGUGAUUGUGCUGGCUGACGACAAGCUGUUCGGUAGAAAGAAGGUGGUGAGCAUCUGUCGAGAGGCCGUGGCUUGCGGUCCUUCAAGAUCCGUGUCGGCUGGAAACCACAGCCGAUUUGUUUCCUUCCAGGGUCCUGAGUUUUUCAACAACCCUGCAUCGAGCAAGGUCAACGUAACACUAGCAGCAAUCGUCGAGGUGGACGGUCUCCAGGAGUACCUCAUCGGCUGCAUGCGCCUCCUCACCCAACGCGGGAUGAUCCGCGAUCUGUCACGGGACGACGACAAUAUCAACGACUGGGAUGCGGCAUUCGACGUCAUCAUCAGCUUCUUCAACCUGACCAUUGAUCGCUUCUAUUCCUUAUUCGACGCCGCACAAGCUAGUACUGACAUGCAGGAACUAGAAGGCAUGCUUGAGAAAUGGCAGAGGGAGAAGCCGGUGUUUGAUGGCAAGUACCACAGCAUUCGGUCGGUGAUCUACAGGCUGAGGAAGUCGCUGGAUAGGCGGCAGCACAGCGAGAGACAGCGGCAGAGGAUGGAGGAAGGGCAGCUGCUGCAUGCUGAGUUCUUCCCUUCAGGUCAGCGCAUGUCCAGCAUGCAGGAUGUGGAUGGUCCGGGCGAGCUCAGCUUGGAGGGCCGACCAAGGCAUGACAACGACCAUCUUGAAAUCUCAGCCAUUUCAGUGGCGCCAACAAUGGAGGAGGUGCUGUGCAAGGCGUCGCCCUACCUGCCACACAACCACCCCAGCGAGCCGCACCACCUGCCAGCGGGCUCCGUGGCCCGCCACGUGGACAUCCAGUUCCGCCUGCUCCGCCACGAUUUGAUUGCGCCCCUCUGGAGCAAGGCACUUUUCCUCUUCCACCGCCUCAACCAGGAGUCAUCCCGGGGUGCCCGUGGGGGAAGCAGCAGCGGGAGUAGCAGCGGGAACAGCGGUGGCGGUGGGGGAAGCAGGGAGGAGGCGAUGGGGCUGCUGAGGGCGGACAGGGAGUUGGUGCGGGGUCUGACGGAUGAUAUGAAGGGCGUGGUGGGGUUUUCGUCGGAGGACAUGGAUGUGUAUCUGCUGCGCGAUGUGCACGUGCUGUCUAUCAACACGGACAAGAGAAGUGGAGCUGGUCUUCCUCAGCCUGGUGAGUUUGAGUUCCCUUCCCUUUCGAGGACAUGGACGGUGGAGUUUUGGGAGAACACGCGGAGGCUGCAGAACGGCUCCCUGGUCUGCCUGUGGAUCCGAGACGUCCAGCCCGGCCACACUCACCGCACUCGCAGGCAGCAGCAGCAGCUCGACCCUGCGGGAGACUCUUCAGCGAUUGACUCUUCCUCCCACCGGCUCGUCUUCGCGACUAUCACCGCCCGUGACACCAAGAGGCUCGCCACUGCGAGGCCGCAGAUAGGAGUGCAGCCGUGUGGGGAGAACGGGUUCAGUGCGGAUCUGCUGGGGCUGAUCGCACAGGAUGGCAGUGGGGGGAGCGGUCGGAGUAAGGGCACACAGGUGGUGAUGCUGGAAGCGCAUGGGAGCUUCUUUGCGUACGAGCCGAUUCUGAAGGCGCUGCAGAGCAUCACUGACGCGUCGCUUCCCUUCUCUGAGUACAUCUGUGGGGCAGCUGGUGGGGCACCUGGAGGGGCACCUGGGAGGGCAACUGGAGCGUACAAGCUGCCUGCAUACAUCAAAGGAGGCAUGAUGUACGACUUGAGCCUGCUGCUCAAGACCAAGGUACCGUCCUCCUCCUCCCAGCAGGCAGGGAACUCACCAGAGGACGAGUUUUCCAUCAAGAAUGUGAUGAUCUCCAGCCGCACCGCCUUCCCCAUGGAUACUAAACCUCCCUGUGUUCCUGUGCUGUGUUUUCCCUUGCUUGCUUGCAGGUACGACCUGAGCCUGCUGCUCAAGACCAAGCCGCCCUCCUCCUCCUCUUCCCAGCAGCCACAGAACGCACCAGAGGACGAGUUUGCCAUCAGGAACGUGAUGAUCUCCAGCCCCACGGCAUUCCCCAUGGAUGCUCUCCUGCGCUGCACGUCGCUGGACGAACCCCAGACUGUGGCGCUGCGAGCUGCCCUCACUCAGGAGUUCGCUCUGCUGCAAGGGCCCCCGGGAACCGGCAAGACGUUCGUGGGAAUCAAACUUGUGGAGAUUCUGCUGAGUAAUCCACUCAAGAGCAGCUCGGCAGGUCAUUUUGCUCGAGGCAGGGAGUUGGCCAGUUCAGCAGAGCCCAUUCUGUGCGUGUGCUUCACCAACCACGCUCUGGAUCAGUUCUUGGAAGGUCUCAUCGCCAGCGGCAUCAAGAAUGUGGUGCGGGUGGGAGGGAGGAGCAAGUCAGAGGUUCUGCAAGAGUACAAUCUCCUCAACAUUAUCCGAAGCUCUAAUCUGGAUCGCAGCAGAACGUACAGGCAGUCGAGCUACGAGGUGGGCAGCAAGCUAAGGGAGGUGGAGGAGGUGAUAGGCACGUACAGCGAUGCGCUGCAGCAGCGCAGCGACAACGUGGCGGCUGUGGCGUGGGGUACAAUCUCCUCCCACCUCAUGGCCAACCACCCUGUUUUCUUCCAGGCUCUGCGCACCGUCAGCAAGGGAGACAAGGACGGGUUUGAGGUUGGGGAGGGGUGGGUGGGCGCAAGCAGCGCUAGGGACGGCGGAGUGAGUGAGGAGCUGAGCGAAAUGGUGGGCAUGAUGGUUACCUUUUACGAGGGGGAUAGCAGUGGUGGUGGGGAUGAGGUGGCAGGCUUAGGCCUGGACGAUUCCUGGCUGGGCCUUGUGCGUUCAGGGAGAGCGAGAGGGGCAGGCAGGGCCGUAGGGGCAGGAGGGGCAGGGGUAGGAGGGACAAGAGGGGCAGGAGGGUUCCCUAUGGAGGAAGAUCUCUCACACGAGUUCGGUGACUUGGGCAUUCACGACAGCAGGGGAAGCCAAGGCAGCAAGGGGAAGAAAGGCGGCAGGCAACAGCACGGGGGCAAGGGGAAGGAGGAGGAGGUGGUGGAGGAGGAGGUGUGGGUGGGGCCGGAGGUGGAUGAGAGAAGUGACAGAGGAGUGGAGGAGCUGUUGGGGUUGGAGGACCCGUGGGCAACGAGUGGGCGGGAGAGGAGGAAGCUGGUGGAGUUCUGGGUGGGGGAGCUGCGCGCCACUGCCACUGCUGCCAUUGAAGCUGAAGUGGCGAAUUAUGCCAGUGCUUGCUGGGUGGAUGAGGCGUGUGACCGGGGGGUGGAUGAGCUGUUGGGGUUAGAGGAUCCGUGGGCAGCGAGUGGGCGGGAGAGGAGGAAGCUGGUGGAGUUCUGGGUGGGGGAGCUGCGCGCCUCUGCCACUGCUGCCAUUGAGGCUGAGGUGGCCGAUUACUCUAGGAAGGUGAGGGAGCGCAGUGAGUUGCAGCAGGUGGAGGACCUGCAGGUGCUGAGGAGGGCGCAGGUGGUGGGCAUGACCACGUCCGGGGUGGCUAAGAUGCAGCGCCUCAUCACGGCGCUCGGCCCGCGAGUGAUCAUCGUGGAGGAGGCUGCUGAGGUGCUGGAGGCGCACAUUCUCACCUCGCUCACCCCGCAAACACAACAUGUCAUCCUCAUAGGUAUGGCUGAUGCUGCUUCUGUGGUCGUGGUUGGGGUUUGUGGUUGCACACGAGGCUUCUUCACGGAGGAAGCAGCUGAGGAGCUGGAGGCGCUCAUCCUCACCUCGCUGACACCGCAGACCCAGCAUGUCAUUCUUAUAUGGGAGAUGAUGAUGGCGUGGAGGGUGGCCAAGAUGCAGUGCCUCAUCACACCGCUCAGCCCGCAAGUCAUCAUUGUGGAAGAAGAAGCGGCUGAGCCGUGUCAAGGCCACGAUGCACAUGAGUGCAUCCCCAUGGACAACCUGCAGCUGCGGCCUAAGGUGGAGAUGCACUCUCUUGGCGACCACCUACAGCUGCGGCCCAAGGUGGAGGUCUACGAGCUGAGCAAGGACUCCCACAAGGGCUUCGACCUGGACGUGUCUCUCUUUGAGCGCCUGGCACUCUCCCGGCAGAUUCCCGUGUACACCCUCGCCACACAGCGCCGCAUGCGCCCCGAGAUUGCCGACCUCAUCCGCCACACCAUCUACCCCGACCUUAGGGACCACCCGUUCGUGCAAGGGUACGUGCCCUCGGUGUCGCCCUUGGCUUCUCCCCCUGGGCUGAGCAAGGCGCUCUCCCGGCACAUCCCCGUGUACACCCUCGCCACUCAGCGCCGCAUGCGCACCGAGUUUGCUGACCUUAUUCGCCACACCAUCUACCCCGACCUUAGAGACCAUCCGUUUGUCCUUGGGUACGACAUGAGGGGCAUGGCGGCCAAUCUCCAUUUCUGGGACCACAGCUUUCCUGAAACUGGCGGGGACGACCUGAGGGAGGGCAAGUCCAAGUCCAACACGGGCGAGGCAGCCAUGGUGGUGGCGCUCGCCACGUACCUGCUGCAGCAGGGGUACACGGGAGGGGAAGUCACCAUCCUCACGCCGUAUGUCGGGCAGCUGCUGAAGCUGCGCCAGGCACUUUCUCAGGUGGUGAACGUUCGUCUUGGGGAGGGGGAUGCGGAGGUGGUGGAGGAGGCAGAGGAGAAGGCGGCUGCUAGGGAAGGUGCAACUGGGGAAGGUGGAUCCGGGGGGGAGGAGGCUACUGGGGUGGGGAAGGGGAAGGGGUUGGGGCUGGAGUUUGCUGCGCCUAAGGCGGUCACGGCGAAUCUGAAGGAUGCGGUUCGGCUGGCCACUGUUGACAACUUCCAGGGCGAGGAGAGCACGGUGAUCAUAAUCUCUCUCGUGCGCAACAACAUGGAUGGCAAGAUUGGUUUCCUCAAGAGCCCCAACCGCACCAACGUGCUGCUGUCCCGCGCCAAGCAUGGCAUGUACAUCAUCGGCAACGCCAACACCAUGCGGGCUGCUACCUCCAAGUCGGUCCUCUGGCCGAAAAUAAUGGACAUGCUGGACAGCAACGGGCACGUGCAGCAGUUCAUCCCGCUGCGCUGUGUGAACCACCCGGACACGGUGACGCACAUUGAGAGGGCGGGCGAGUUCAAGGAGAAGGCCAGCGAGGGCGGAUGCUCCCAGAUGUGCGGCUUUCGGCUCACUCCCUGCGGCCACACCUGCCCCCGCAGGCUCGGAAGCGGAGAUCUAUCUUCUUCUAAGGAGGGUUUCAUGAUCGUUAUCUUCCUUCGUGCACCCGACAGGUGUCAUGGCGACGACAGGGCGCACGCGAAUGCGUUCUGCCUCAAUAGUGCAACCGCUUUCGCCCCCUGGAGGAGUGCCCGUGACGAUGGUGGAGGUGACGAUGCCGAUGUGUGGCCACAAGCAGACAGUCAAGUGCGGCGAGGCCGCCACCAGAGUAGCCAACCCCAAGCUCUGCACCGCUCGCUGCGGCGUUCUCAUGUUCACCUGUUCUGCUUCCCCCUCUUGACUUCCCACUGUGCCAGGCUAUUGGUGGAGGUCACGAUGCCGCUGUGCGGCCACAAGCAGACAGUCAAGGGCGGCCAGCCCUUGCUUGACAGUGUGUGGUGCUUCUCUCACACCCUUUCACUCCUCUCUCUCCCGCGCCCACCCCUCUGUGUUGCCAGAUUUAUGGUAGAGGUGACGAUGCCACUGUGCGGGCACAAGCAGACAGUCAAGUGCGGCGAGGCCGCCACCAGAGUAGCCAACCCCAAGCUCUGCACGGCUCGCUGCGGUGUUUUCCUCUCGGAUUCCUGCGGACACACCUGCAUCUCUCCCUGCGGCAACUGCAUCGUUGCUCCAGCUGCUAACACUCCCCAGGGGCGUGGCUUGCAGCAGCAGCAGCAGCAGCAGCAGCUGGAGAAAAACCACAAGAAGUGCACGCAGCCAUGCGCGCGCCCGCUCCCCUGCGCCCACCUCUGCCCCGACCCCUGCCACAGCGGCAAACCCUGCAAGCCCUGCACCAAAAAGUGCCUCGUGGCCUGCCAGCACAGCUCCUGCCCCCAACCCUGCCACCGAACCUGCGCGCCCUGCGCCGAGCCUUGCGGGUGGCACUGCAAGCACCAGGGUCGGUGCUCGCUCCCCUGCGGCGGCCCCUGCGACCGCCUCCCAUGCGAGCAGCGGUGCGAGAAGAAGCUCCCAUGCGGCCACCAGUGCCCCUCCCUCUGCUCCGAAAAAUGCCCUCCAAAGGCGUUUUGCACGGUUGAAGGGUGUGGAGAGGAGCAGAAGAGGGAAAUGACCGUGGAUCUAGUCACACUGGAGACCCUAGGGGAGAUCGAUCCAAAUGAGAGCCCUGUGCUCGUGCUGCCGUGCGGUCAUGCCUACACAGUGGAGACUUUAGAUGGCCAUCUGGGUCUGAACCAGGUGUACCAAGAGGCAGAAGGUGGGUCUGCUGGUGGCAGCAGUACGUCUGGAGGCGGGGCAGGAGGCGGAGCAGGAGGCGGGGCAGGAGGCGGGGCAGGAGGCGGGGCUGGUGGUAGGUCAGAAGCAGCUGCAGCUGCACCCAAGUGGGUGGCAGUGCGGCCGUUUGACGAUGGCGGUCUGUCCGCCCUCAAGGGCUGCCCGGAGUGCCGCCAGCCAAUCACAGGGCUGCGCCGGUACGGCCGGAUGGUGAACAAGGCGCUGCUGGACGAAUCAGAGCGCAAGUUCGCCCUCAGCUGCAUGGCCGACCAGCAGCAGCUCCUGCAGAAGCUGUCCAAGCUAAGCCAAGCCAUCUCUGCUUGUCCUGAGUCUGCUCAACCCCGGCAGUUGCAGGAACUGGCUAAAGCUGCGACUUUGCUGGUCGUGCAGGCAAACAAGGUGCGAGUGACUGCUAUGGAACCGCCAACCCAGCAGACCUACCAGGCUUCGGUAGCUGCCCUGCAGAGGAAGCACCUCCAGCUAAGAUCCUCCUCGGCUGGAGCAGCCUCGUCUGCAGAUUCCCCUGAAGAUUCACCUGAAGAUUCACCGCCAGCAUGGGAGGAGGAGUGCCAGCUGCUGUAUGUGCCCCAGCCACAAACCGGGCCGCUAUGCGAAGCCCUGCUGCUGCUGGGGAAAGCCUAUCAGCUUCUCAUGACUGCCAAUUUCCUCCAGCUGCGCUGCCUGCUGACUGAACUUCGCAAGCUGUCUCGCCAGACUGCUACUCGAGCUGCUGGGCUGACUGCUGGUCUGGCAGCUGGUCUGGCUGCUGGCCAGACUGAUAAGAACAGCAGGGGUAGAGAGGAGUUUCUGGCUCGCAAGUUGAAGAGCUGCCGGGAGGUUGUGCAGAAGGCGCUGCAGAAUGCGGAGAGGCAUGUGGGGGAGGCGGUGGAGUGGGCUGGCAAGCGCAGGGCGCCUCGGCUGGAGGCGAGAGGGAGGCUGGAGAUGGCUGAUGUGUUCCGUGCGUUAGUGGAAGGGAUGAUGGUGGAACGCCUGCUCUCAACCUCUCCUGCUGGCCUGGACGCAUCAAAGGAGCAGCAGCUGGAGUAUCUAGAGAGAGCCAAGAUGCUGUGCCACAUGGUGGCCUCACACCAGCUGGUGUCAGUCCGAGAGAACGAGAGCCUGGGGGUGAGCGCUCGGAGAAUGCUCGAGAAAGACUUGCGUGAGCUGGAGCAAUCCGUUCGCGACGAACCUCGGUACUUUGCUGUGACCGAACGUGAGAAGGCUGAUGUGUUUGAGGCAAUAGGCUUGAGAGGGAGUCAUUGGUACCGAUGCCCCAAUGGGCAUGUGUAUGUCAUCGGGGACUGUGGUAUGGCAAUGCAAGAGUCGUGGUGCCCUGAGUGUGGUGCGGCUGUGGGUGGGGGAAGCCAUAGGCUUAGAGCAGAUAAUACGUCUGCCACUGGUUUCUUUAGCAGUUAUGCAAGAACGCAGCAUUCUUUUGAACCUUUUGAUGCUAUUUUCCAAGAACCAGUGACGGUUUACUACUUUGGAGUUACCAUGGACCGUUACGACGACGACGACGACGAUGGCGACGUUUCGCCGGAAGCGUGGGACGUGCGACCGCCGGUAUCCGGGAGUCACGGAAAACCCGGAAGGACGCGGGAUAGCAAGGACAAGGCCGGGCGGGUGACAGGGUCUAUCAGUGAUAAGUCGAGCGAAAGGUCUAGCGAAAGCGGUCGCGGAAAGGAUAGGGACAGAGAUAGGGAGAGGGAUAGGGAUCGAGUUAGGGAUAAGGACAGGGACAGAGACAGACACAGGGACAGGGACAGGGAUAGGGAUAGGGAUAGGGAUAGGGAUAGGGAUAGGGAUAGAGCUAAGGAUAGGGAUAAGGAGUAUAGGAGAAGCAGCGGCAGCCGCGACAGGGACAGGGACGAAGAGAGAGAGCGCGAGAGGGUGAGAGAUAGAGAUUCUAAGGAUAAAAGCGAUAGAGUGAGGGAGCGGGAGAGAGACAGGGACGGAGAGAGGGAAAGAGAGAGGGAAGGCCGGAGAGAGAAGGAGCGGGAUCGACCCAAGGACAGGGACAGAGAUAGAGAGAGGGAAAGGGAGAGAGAUAGGGAGAGAGAGAGGGAGAGGGAGAGGGAAAGGAGGCACGGAGAAGCAGGGAAGGAGGGGAGGAGUUCCGGCCGGCACGGCGUGCCGUCAUGCUCAUCUAUGGAGGAGCGCGGAUCGCAGAGGCACGCCAGCCGCACAUCGAGCACCAAAAGUGACUCAAGCAGGCGUUCUAGUAGGGGGCGAGACCACCACGAGGCGAGAGAGCCCUAUGAGGAUGACUAUAGAGGGGGGUCGCAUGGGGGAAGCAGGAAGGCCGGCGGGUCGAUCGGGGGAGGAAAGUCAGGCAAUCGGGGGAACAGAGGUGGCCGAGGAGACGAUCUGUCGCCAACAGACUCCUCACCUGAGCAUUCACCUGAACAUUCACCUGAACGGUCUCCUGUCCGAUCCUCUCACCGAUCCCCGGACCGGCAGUCAGACCACUCUCCCAUCAGUUCCCCUGGCCAAUCGUCUCCCGUGCGCUCCUCUCACCGUUCCUCCAACCGGUCCCCGAACCUAACCCCGGACCUCACGCCUGACCAAACCCCGGAGCACUCGCCGAACCAGACACCGGACAUGUCUCCGAGCCACCGAGCUGGGGCUGUGAUGGCCGGUCCUGGUAGGGUGGCUGUGCCUGCUGUCCGUCCCAGCAACCGCACUCCGUUGAGAACACCUGUGGAUUCACCUGAGAUUUCACCUGCGGGCUCCCCUCAAGGGUCGCUGUACCAAGCCUCGGUGCUAGGCUCGGGAGAGGACUACCCGUACCACCAAGGCUCGGAGUCGUCCGAACCUGGUCAGCAGGAAUGGCACAUGGGUGCUGGUGGGGAGUCGUAUCAACACCAUCAUCAACAUUCCCGCAAGUCACCACCAACUGCAGCAGCAGCAGGAAUGGCCGUGGGAGUGUUUGUCCUCCAUGCUCCCCUCUCGCAGAUGGACGCGUUCAUAGAGGAGGGGCCGCACUGCAAGCUGGACGAGUACCUGCCGGCCAGCUACCCAUCGACCUGCUGCUUCCCACGCCCUGAAUGUUGCCCCGAGCCCCCCUUCUCUGCCCCAUUCCUCCCCGUCCACCUCUCUUCCUUCCUCUCAGAUGGACGCGUUCAUAGAGGAGGGGCCGCACUGCAAGCUGGACGAAUGGACGCGUUCAUAGAGGAGGGGCCGCACUGCAAGCUGGACGAGUACCUGCCGGCCAUCGACCUGCUACUUCCUUCCCACGCCCUGUAUCAUGCCCGAACUCCCCGUCUCUGCUCCAAUCUUCCCCUCUCCCCUCCCUUUAAGCAGAUGGACGCGUUCAUAGAGGAGGGCCCGCACUGCAAGCUGGACGAGUACCUUCCGGCCAUUGAUCUGCUGCUCAGCGUGCGGGCGCUGCUGCUGGAGGCGAGGGACAAGGAGACGGGGCGGCGCGCGGAUGGCAUGCUCCGGCGGGCCAUGGAGGACCUGGAAUACGAGUUCAGGGACAUUCUUUCACGACGGAGCCAGCAGGCAUCGACUCGCUUCACUGGGAUGGGGGGGCUGGAUGAUGCGGAUUCGCUGCAUGUGCUGCCAGAGAUUGCUGCCCGGUGGUUGAACCAGACGGCCGCCCGGCUGGUGGCGGGCGGGGAGAGCGUGCGCUGCGUGGAGGCCUUCAGGUCUGUGCGGGUGGACAGCCUGAAAUCCGCUCUGCAGAGGCUAGAGAGCGAGAGGCCGUGGAUGGUGACAGCAGGGCAGAUCGCAGACAUGCCAUGGGCGGAAUUGGAGCCGCUCAGCAAGCAGUGGACUCAGGAUAUGUACAUUCUGGGUCGUCUGCUACUGGGCAUGGAGAGGAGGACAGCAGCGGCGGUGUGGCGAGGCAUGCAGGUGCAUGAACGGGGAGCGCUGAGGGCUAUCCUGGAGGACAGCGGCAUGGGCAAGCGCAUAGCGGAGCAUGCUCUGAUCCUCCUCGCCAUCAUCGCCCGCAACCUGCCCGAACAACUCUUCUCGCUGCUCGAUGCUUUUCGGGCAGCCCAAGAAGUCAUGCCAGAGCUAUCCGCCACCUUUAACCUCCUGAAGAUGGAGGCGGUGUGGCCGGCCUGCCAGCACCUCCCGCUGCUCAUCGCGCGGGCCGUGGCCGACACCUUUGACCGCUUCAAAGCCCUCCUAGAGACCUCCACCAAGUCCGCCCAGGCCAUGGCUGCUGCUGCCCCGCCCAUCUCCUCCUCCUCCUCUGCUUCCCCCUCCCCUUCGGCUUCUGGUGCUGCUGCUGCGGCUGGUGGGGAGGCAACGGGGGGUGCAGGAGGGGAGGGAGCGGAGGGGGAGAAGAAGGCUUCGCUUGCAAAGCUGUUCAGGUGGGUGCCUCUGUUUAUUUCAGAUGCGUGUGUAGUGCUUGUCGUUCCCUCCAUCCCAUUCUUCUCCAUCCCUCUCUACCCCUAUCCACCUCUCUCCACCCUUCCCCACCCCUCUCCACCCCUCUACAUCCUCCCUCUCCACCGCAGAAUGCCGUUCCUGGGCCGCAAUGCGAGCACCACGUCAGCAUCGCCAGCAGCGGAGGAGAGCACGCAGGACGUCAUGCCGCCAGGGGGCGUGGUGGAUCCAAUCACCAGCUACGUGGCCAACUACAUUCGCAGCUACAUGCGCCGAGUGCCCUCCACCCACAACAGCUAUCUGGACGUGCUGGCCUCGCUAUUCCACCUGCUGGAGGAGCAAGGAGCAGCGAGUGAUGAGGAGGAGGGGGAGGAUGAGGAUGGCGGAGAGAGGGAUGGUGGCAAAGGGAGCAAGUCGAAGGGGGAUGGGAAGGCCGGGAAGGCGGCGGGUGGGAAGGCGGACGGUGGGAAGGGAGGGGAUGGGAAGUGGAAGCGAGGGGGUGGGCAGCAGCACGCGGGGCGGAGUGCGGAGAGUGAGACGGCGCACCUGCUGAGCGCGCUGGUGGUGAACCUGGAGGCACGCGGUGGGCUGUAUAGAGAGGAGGAGCUGCAGCACCUAUUCCUCAUGAACAACACGCACUACCUCGUCCAGUCCGCUGCUGACUGGUAUCGCUGGCAUGUGGACAGCCUGAAUUACCCGCUCUCACAAGCUCGCAAGGAGGGCGCGAGGGACCUCACAGCAGCCAUGGCGGAUCUGAGGGACGGCCACAUUGUUCAGCUGCACGCCACUGCCUUCCAGAGCCGCGCGCUGGCUGCUGUCAUGGCAGCACUCACAGAUGAGCCUCCCCGGGGCACACCCGACUCUGUGAAGCUCAGACUCAACAGGUUGCGGCGGUUCAACGUGGCGUUUGAGUCAUUGGUGGCGAGGCAGCGGCGGUGGUGCAUUCCCGAUGAGGAGCUGCGCAGGAAGACCCGCGCCAAGUGGUCAACGGUGUUGCGCGAGCGAUACCGCAAGAUGCUGCUUCCCUUCUGGGAUGACUUGACUUCAAGUAAGCUGUUUGUGUACACCCCCGAAAGCAUUGAGGCGACAAUUUCAGAGACAUUCUUUAUAGGCCCAAACGCUUAA